AUGCAUAAUGUCGAUAUAUCUCAAGAUGAUGCAUUGGAGUUUCCAGAUCUACCACACAGAAGGCGUGACUAUACAAGUUUGUCAUUAGAUUCCGGUGAAAUGGAAGUUGGUAGGAAGUUUUCCAAUAAUGAUAGUUUUCUUGGUACAUUGAAACAACAUAGCAUCAUGAACGGGGUUAACUACAAUGUGGUUAAAUCCAAAUACGAUAAGUUUGAGGCCAAGUGUGCAGUGCAAAACGGUACAUAUUCAUGGAAAAUCAUGGCCUUAUUAAGGAAAAGGGCAGGCUUGUGGGGGAUAAAAAAGUACAAAGGUCCACAUACAUGUGUUACCGGUAUUUCACAAGAUCAUCCCAAGAUAGAUUCAGAUAUGUUAUCUAGCUUAAUACUACUGACGGUGAAGGCGGAUCCGAAGACUUUAGUGCCGAUCUUAAUUGCCAAUAUUCGUAGCCAAUUGAAGUACACGCUCUCUUAUCGCAAUACCUUGAAAUGGCACUUGCGUACUACAACGACCGAUUGCUUCGUGAAUGCCAAGUGUUCAAGCGUCUGUUCUGGAGCUUUAAGCAAUGUUGGGCUAUUGGUCCAAAUUGACGAUACCUUUAUGUAUGGUAGAUAUACCCAUCGGCUAUUACUAGCUGUGGCACAGGAUGGCAGUGGGAGAAUCAUUCCAAUUGCGUUUACAAUAACACCGGGGGAGUCAGCUGAUGAUUGGGAUUUCUUUCUUUCUAGGUUAAGAAGGCAUGUUUGCCCUCAACCUGAUAAAUGUGUUAUAUCGGAUCGGGGCACUAGAAUACUAGCCGUAAUUGAGCGACAAGGAAGCCAAUGA